AUGAAGGUCACCAGCUGCAUAUUUUGUACCUCAUUCUUGGCUUCAAUUGUAACUGCACUUCCGCCCGAACCUAUCUGCCCUAAACCUCUCGCGCGAAACGACUCUAAUACCUACGACUACAUCGUCACAGGUUCCGGCCCGGGCGGGGGCACCAUCGCAACAAACCUCGCCCGCCACGGUUACUCCGUCCUUCUCGUCGAAGCUGGAGAUGAUCAAUCCGCAGAUAUCGGCACCCAGAUUCUCUCCUUCUAUGGAGGCAAUGGCCCCGUAAAAUGGGACUUUUUCGUGCGUCACAGCGAUGACCUCGAACGAACGAAAAAAUAUAACUUGCUAACUUGGAAGCUGGCCGAUGGGUCUUACUGGGUUGGCAGAGAACCACCGGAGAAAGAUGCAAAGAUGAUGGGUGUGUACUAUCCACGUGGUGCAACGUUGGGAGGGAGUGCGAUUGUGAAUGCAGCGGCGACUUGGCUGCCAAGCGACUCGGAUUGGGAUUAUUUCGACCGAGGUGUCGGGGAUGGUAUUUGGAGCGGAAAGGACAUGCGCAAGAUCUUUGAACGCAUUGAGCAUAACAACUACCUUGAACCAGGAGCCCCGGGUCACGGCUUUAAAGGUUGGUUGCAAACUAAUAAUGCUGAAAAGAUUGAUUAUCCCACCAGCAGCCUCAAGCUCGUCAUACUACAGGCCGCUUUGAAAAUCAUCGGGAAAGAUCCCUCGAAGGUUAUUGACUACCUCACGAGCGACGGUAACUAUCUUGAUGCUGAAAGAGAUAAGGCUGAGGGUCUCUUUGGCUUGCCAUUUCAUGCUGAAAAGAACUGGAAGAGAUUUAGUCCACGAGAUUAUAUAUUUGCGACUCGGAAUGAAACGACUGCGAAUGGAACCCAAAAGUACCAGCUCCAUCUCCAGCUUAGGUCUCUCGCAACGAAGGUCCUCUUCGAAGAAGUUUGCGGCCAUAGCCAUGGCAAGCCCAAGGCAAUUGGCGUAGAGUAUCUAGAAGGGACGGCCAUGUACAAGGGCGAUUCGCGCUUCAACCCCGCAGCAAAAGGAAGGAUAGGUCAAGCAUUUGCUCGAAAGGAAGUUAUCGUAUCCGGUGGGACUUUCAACUCCCCGCAACUGCUCCAGCUUUCUGGCAUCGGCCCCAAAGCGCUCCUACAAAAGUACAACAUCUCCGUCAUUGCCGAUCUUCCGGGCGUUGGCCGCAACCUCCAAGACAAUUACGAGAUGCCCGUGGUCGGACAUGCGAAGACUAAUAUGACUACCCCUGUUAACACCACCGGUCCGGCCUGCACCCAGGGCGCCCCAGGUGAUCCCUGCGUGGAUCUCUGGAGGCAAGGUAAAGGUCCAUAUGCACACGCUGGUCAAAACGCAUGGGGCCUCCUUCUCAAAUCUAAGCACUCUCUCGAUGGGGAACGGGAUACCUUCAUCUUCUCGACCGGUGGUGGGGCAGCAUUCCGGGGCUUUGCACCACCGACUAACCAGCCAUCCACCGACCCGCCCACGACCUUCUCUUGGUCCACGGUAAAGAUACAUCCACAAAAUACGGCUGGUGUGAUCCAGAUCAAAUCCAAUAAUCCCCAGGAUAUGCCGGAUAUCAACUUUAAUCACUUUGUUGAGGGUGCGGAUACAGAUCUUGCCGCAAUAUUGGACACUGUUGCGUUUGGACGGAAGGCAUUCUUUGGCACCGAGGCACCGGUAGGACAAGUCACCCCUGUUGAGCCACCAUGUCCUGCCGCGGAUAUUCAGCAAGAUGGUUAUUGCAAAGACCCGACACCAGACCGGGAGUGGAUUCAGAACCAGAUCUUUGGACAUCAUCCCACAAGCUCGUGUGCGGUCGGGCCUGAUAGCAAUCCACUAGCUGUGCUAGACACGAGACUGAGAGUCCGAGGAGUCGAAAGGCUGAGGGUGGUUGAUGCGAGCGCUUUUCCGAGAUGUCCAGGCGCGUUUCCGGCCGUUGCAACAUACAUGUUGAGUGAGAAGGCGAGUGAUCUUGUGCUUGAAGAUGCCGCACAGCUUUAA